AUGAAGACGAGAAGCACUUCUUGGCUUCAUCCCUGCACUGGUGAACCUGUCAAUUCUGGACACAUGAUCCGAUCCGAUCUACCCACAGGUUGGGAGGAAGGAUUUACGAAGGAAGGAGCGAGUUUCUUCAUUGACCAUAACCAGAGGACGACUACAUUCAUACAUCCAGUGACAGGCCAGAUCUCUGCUGAGAAUUCUGAUUUCAGACUACAGGACCAGACUGGCCGACACAUGCUGAAGCAGCCACAGACGACCACACGGCCCUCCAGCACCAUUAGUGAGGCCUCAACUACUGUCACCUCUUCAACUCUGGACACCACCUCAGGCUCAAAGGGAUCCAAGUCCAGUGGAAGGGUCCAUAGCUUUGGCAAACGAGAUCAUGCCAUUAAGCGGAAUCCCAGUGUUCCUGCAGUGGUACGUGGAUGGCUCUACAAACAGGACAGCUCAGGGAUGCGGCUGUGGAAGAGAAAAUGGUUUGUUCUAGCUGAUUAUUGCCUCUUCUACUAUAAAGACAGUCGUUAGUGGUGGGUGGUUGGUGGGUUUCAUUUGUCUAGCUACACUAUCGCUCCUGUGGGACCUGAAGAUCAUAUUAGCCGAAAAUAUGCCUUCAAGGCUACACACACAGGGAUGCGCUCCCUAUUUACAAUUCAAAGCUCUGUGAUUGGCUCGCAGGCGGAGCACACUGGGAUGAGGACGUACUAUUUCAGUGCGGACACACAGGAGGACAUGAAUGGCUGGGUCAGGGCCAUGAACCAGGCUGCACUGAUGCAAACCCACACAGUGAGGAGUGUACUAGACGAGUCGGAUCAACCAGACCAAGUGAACGUUUCUGAGAAACUCAAGCAGCAGGCUGUUCCUCAGACCAACCACAUCAACAGCUUCGUGAUUCCAGAACCUGAAGUUAUCCAAAGUGACGAGCUGCAGGAGGAGAAGCAGGAAGCAUUUGUUGGAGAAGUGGAGAUUCAGGUUGCUCCAAGAGAGAUGGAGCAGGCGAGGGGUAAAUCUCCAGCGAGCAGGAUAGUAGAGGUGGAGGUUUUAGCUCCAGGGUCAGCACCAGCAUCCCAAGUUCCCUCUCGAGCUCCUUCCAGGGCCGUCUCGACCCCGCCAGUGCUGAGGAACGGUACACCCGUAGAGCAGAACGGCAUGCCUGGGUAUCAGAGGGGGCCUACACCUUCUUCUCAAACUCCUGUUCAGGUACAGAGGAGGAGUGCGCUGGAGCAGGUGGAGAACUGGGUCAAAGUACACAAGGAAGAACGCCAGGGGUUUGUUUCCACUGAUGGCACAAUCCCAUGUCGGACCCCUCCCAUUCAUCCGAAGUACGGCCCAAUAGACAAGUACCAGUCUUUACCAAAGGCUGCACGGCAAAGCCCAUCAACUGCUCCCCAUCAGUUGCCCAGUGAAUACAAAUAUUCCCAUGACCGCAAUCACUUCCAGAUGACCCACAGCCACAUCCAGCGACCCUCGACGCAUGACAACACCGUGUGGCAGCUCUACGAAUGGCAACAGCGACAGCAAUAUCGCCACGGUAGCCCCACCGCCCCCGUGUACACUCCCGCUCCAGACUACUCCACAGCCGUAUCCUCCACCAGAGUCAACUCUGACAUUGCUCGCUCUAUUUCCGUGCCUCCAACCCUGGCUGACAUCCCUCCACCCGGGCCUCCUGGGUCCAGACUGCUGUCUCCACGCAGAGUCCACACACCUGCAGAACGCGUUACAGUCAAACCCCUGGAGGACAGGCCCACCGUGGAGGUGCCACCGUCAAACUCUCCUCACCGUCUGCGCUCCUAUAAGUCAGCCACAAUAGAGAGACGCUCAAUGCCUCCAUCCGGCUAUAUCACACACACAGUCAGUACACCCAGCCUGCAUGGAAAAACGCCGGAGGAGCUCACCCUUCUCCUCAUCCAGUUACGGAGACACCAGGCCAUGAUGGCAGGUGUGCGCAACAAUGCGCUGGCCCACCUCCAGCAGUUGUGUCCUCGGGUGAAGGCUGAUGACACAUACAUGCACUUGAAGAAGGACCUGGAAUAUUUAGAUCUGAAGAUGAAAAGUUUAGAGCCAUUGAUCCUCAUGGUUCACAGUGUGUUACAAACCUGCACUGCGGGGGGUUUGAGACCACUCUGGAACGUGAGUGCGACAGAGACUCUGAAAGGACGGCCGGCAAAGCCAGUGAAGGUGGCAGAAAGUGAUGUAGAUGUGACACUCAGUCGGUUGUGUGAACAAGACAAAAUACUGCAAGAGCUUGAGUUCAGACUCAGUGGACUCAAGGAUGAUAAGGACAAGCUUGAGUCUGUUCUGGAUGUGUCCCACCAGCAGAUGGAGCAGUACAAGGAUCAGCAAGCUCACGAUGAGAAGAUGGCCUACCAGCAGCGACUCCUUCAAGAGGACCUGGUGCAUAUCCGAGCUGACAUUUCUAGAGUGUCAACGGUGAAGCGUGGGUGGACACAACCUCACAGCAGGUUGGAGCAGUCAGUGGAACAGCUGAAGGACGUCCUGCAGACUCAGAUGAAUCUCUGCACAUCACCUCAGGAGAAAAAUCAGUUGAGGAGGGAGCUCUGGAGGAUAGAGGACGUGAUGACUGGACUCAGCUCAUCCAAAGAAACCUUCAAAAUCACCAUAGACUCAGUGAAGAACCCAGAGAGAAAACUUGUGCCUUCAGUGACAGAGUCAACAGUGCCUUCUCGGUGCAUGACCCCGUCCACAGUCGAGGUGCGGUCACCCCGGCGCAGUCUUACCUCCAGUCCGUUAUCACUGCCCUUGGACAAUGAGGUUUUUCAGCAUCCUUACUCUAUGCCCAGAUGGGAAGAGGAUGAUGCUCCACCCAGACCACCUUUGCCCCUCCUCUAUGAUGAGGACACACCCCCUGUUGUCCCGCCUCUACCUAAAGAAACAACGGCCAUCAGACACACUUCUGUCCGUGGCCUCAAACGACAAUCUGAUGAGAGGAAACGUGACAGAGAAAGCAGCUAUGUGAAUGGAGACUGCAGGGUGGAACUGCGGUCCUACCUGAGUGAACCAGAGCUUCCUGGAACAGGAACAGAUCAAGUGGACCCAGGCUUGACUCUUCAAAGAAGAGGCCUGUCAGGCUCCUCUUCCAGAAUAAACCAGUACGGUGUGACUUCCUAUCACUGAGAGGAGAUUCCAGCAUUAUCGACAACAGAGAGACCAAAGAGUGCCUUGGAGCGGCUGUGUUUGGGAGAGUAUCAGCCUGAUCACCUUCCGCAGAGAGGGAGGAUGAGUGUGGAGGAGCAGCUGGAGAGAAUGAAAAGGCACCAGAGAGCUCUAGUGCGCGAGCGCAAACGUAACAUGAGUCAGGGUGAGCGACAGUUCGUGAGCUCCCACGCCUCCACUCGACCGACCAGCUGUGGCCCAGGAUCACAACCAGAACAGGCCUUACCUGCUGAAUCACAGUGUCUGGGAUCAGAUGAAUGGCUGACUGUUGAGGCCCGGCCAGUGAACAUACAGGAGCUGGAGCUGGAGGCGGAGUCUGUGGACUUUGGGUUCGAUCUUACUCGAGAGCUGUCUACGCCACAGAAGGUGUCCAUCCCAGAGCGACUCAUGGAUGUGGAGUCAGAAGAAGAACUGAGUCCGGAAGAGAAGGAGACUCGUUCUCACACCAUAGCAAAGAUAAAAAGCCUACUGUCUAAGUCAAGUGUGAGGUCCAUGGAGGCAGAGCAGAUAGAUUUUAGUGAGCUGGAUAAAGAGCUGCAGCAGCAGGAGAGGAUCACGAGCGUUCAUCGCGCUCUCGCCACAGAGGAAGCAGGUCACAGGUGA